GGAGCUUGCUGGCGGUGAAACAUUCCUCGGGAAAGAAUUUAGCUCCUUUCUUCUCCUCCGGCUGCUUGAACAGAGAGCAGCCCGAAAAGUAGGCGAGGCGGUGUGUAGAGUGACAGGAGCGCAGUUCGCACUGAACUCGGAGGAAACUGAAGGGAUGAUGAUGAUGAGAGGAGCGCUGCGCGUGCUCGGCUGGGCGCUCGUGGCCGGGCUCGCUUUGUGUCCGCGCUUAUGUAGCGCGAGCUGCCCCGAGAAAAUGCUGCAGGAGCGCGAGGAGGAAGCGAACAUCGUGCUCACCGGCACCGUGGAGGAAAUCCUCAACAUGGACCCGGUGCACAACACCUACUCCUGCAAGGUGAGGGUAUGGCGCUACCUCAAAGGCAAGACCAUGGUCAACGGAGAACUACUGCUUGAUGGUGGGAACAAGGUGAUGAUUGGUGGUUUCGGGGACCCGGAUAUCUGUGACAACCAGGUGGCCACCGGUGACACACGCAUCUUCUUCGUCAACUUGGCCCCCGAGGACAUGUGGCCCGGGCACAAAAAUGAGCUGAUGCUUAACUCCAGCCUGAUGAGGAUUACACUGCGCAACCUGGAGGAGGUUGAACUCUGUGUCGAAGACAAACCUCCCACCCCUCCGCACAUCCCACCUCCUGAUGGCUGCCGGGGAAAGCUCUGCGGUUUCGGGGCAGUGUGUGAAAGAGACUCUACGGACCCCUCGAAAGGAGAGUGUGUGUGCAAGAAGAUGGUGUGUCCAUCUGUGGUGGCGCCCGUGUGCGGCUCGGACUCCUCCACUUACUCCAACGAGUGCGAGCUGGAGAAGGCUCAGUGCAACACUCAGAGACGCAUCAAGGUGAUGCGCAAGGGCUCUUGUGCUCUGAAGGACCCAUGCAGCGAUGUGACGUGUAGCUACGGCAGCACCUGCAUCCAGUCCUCAGAUGGCCACUCUGCUAAGUGCAUGUGUCCUCUGAGCUGUGAAAAUGUGCCCAAGGUUACAGUGUGUGGCAGCGACGGUUUGGACUACACCAGCGAGUGUGCUCUCAACAUGAAGGCCUGCUCCACCAACAAGAACAUUCGCCUCCAGCAUAUCGGCUUCUGUGAUCCAUGCCGGAUGCACCGGAACAGCCUGAACGUAUUGUGCGCGUACGACGCACAGACCCAAAAGACUAAGACCCUGUCCCCGCCAUCAGCGUGUCCGCCCAGCUCCGAGCAACUGUGUGCCAGCGAUGGGAGGAACUACAACACCGAGUGCCUGAUGGAGCGUACGGCUCUGCAGAAGGAGCGCCAGCUAAAGAAGGUUCACUCAGGCCCCUGCAAGAAGCAAGAGGAAUGCCAGGAGGAGUGUAAGUUCAGCGCUGUGUGCUUGUUGGAGCACGGAAGGGCACGCUGCUCCUGCGAGCCAAUCCGCUGUGACGGCACCUACACCCCUGUGUGCGGCGACGACGGCCACACGUACCCGAACGAUUGCGAGAGGAGACGUGCCGAGUGCCUGACCCAAACCACCAUCCGCAGCAAACAGCAAGGGCCCUGUGAUCUGAACGCGCCGAGCCCGUGCCUGAAGAAGACGUGCGAGUUCGGGAGUUCGUGCGUGGUAGAGAACGGCGAGGCGGUGUGCGAGUGCUUGGAUACGUGCCCGCAGAUUUCCGACCCCGUGUGUGGCAGCGACGGGCAAACCUAUUCCAGCCAGUGCCAGAUGAAUGCCAUCAGUUGUACUCUGCAAAAACACAUCCAGAUAAAGCACAAAGGACCUUGUGAUAAGGCCUGCACAAACUGCUCGUUCGGCGCUAUCUGUGAUGAGCAGAGCCGCAGCUGCGUGUGCCCGAAGGAGUGUGUGGUCUCCAAGCAGCCCGUGUGUGGCAGCGAUGGCACCACGUAUAUGAACGAGUGUGAACUGCACGUACGUGCCUGUACAGAGCAGCGAGACCUCCAUGUGGUGGGGCAGGGAGAAUGCAAAAACUGUGGCAGCACUGUGUGUAGCUGGGGUGCCCGCUGCGUCCAGAAUAAGUGUGAGUGCCCUCAGUGUGCGGGUCAGCCCACUAACCUGGUAUGCGGCACUGACGGCAUGACCUACAGCAACGAGUGUGAACUUCGCGCGGCGUCCUGUAGGCAGAAGAAGAACAUAGAAGCGGCAAGGCCUGGCAGCUGUGACGAAGACUGCGGUUCUGGAGGCUCAGGCUCCGGGGUGGAGGCAUGCGAACAAGAGCGCUGUCGGAGAUUCGGAGGCUCGUGGGAUGAAGACAGGGAAGAUGAAGCCUGCGUGUGUGACUUCACUUGCCAGAACGUGCCUCGCAGCGAGGUGUGUGGGACAGACGGGAAGAACUACAGCAACGAAUGUGAGCUGAAGAAGACUAGAUGUGAGAAACAGGUCGAUAUUCUGUUUCAGAGCCAAGGCCCAUGUACAGCAAUUGUAAAAGAGCAUCAGUCUGGUAUGAUCACCGCGACACACUGCAGCGAGAGCGUGUACGGAUGUUGUGAAGACAACAAGACUGCUGCUCUGGGUGUGCAAAUGGCGGGAUGUCCCAGUAAAUGUCACUGCAACCAGUACGGCUCAUACGGAGGAACGUGCGACCCCAACACAGGCCAGUGCUCCUGCAAGCCCGGAGUCGGAGGUCUCAAGUGUGACCGCUGUGAACCCGGGUUCUGGAACUUCCGCGGCAUCGUGACGGACAAAGCGAGCGGCUGUACACCAUGUAACUGUGAUGCAGUGGGCUCAGUGAGGGAUGACUGCGAGCAGAUGACAGGCCUCUGCUCCUGUAAAACCGGAGUGAAGGGCAUGAAGUGUGACGUUUGCCCCGACGGCAGCAAGAUGACUGCCAACAGCUGUGACAAAGGUCCCCAGGCGUUAUUGUCCUGCGCGGAGCUGCAGUGCCACUACGGAGCAUCGUGCGUGGAGGUCAACGGGCAGGUUCACUGCGAGUGUCCUUCACCGGACUGUGACCAGACCAACAAGACCAAGGUCUGCGGCACGGACGGUGUGACCUACGCUGACCAUUGCCAGCUGAGGACUAUCGCCUGUCGACAGGAUAAGGAAAUCACUGUGAAGCACUUGGGCCAGUGCACAGAAUCCAUCUCUAAGCCUGGGGUCAAGCCCACCCCCCUGGCCAUCACUCCACACGCCACUCCCACCGUACCCGUCAAGGUCACCCCGACACACCAUGGCCUCACCACCACCCCAUUCGACUACGACGAGGAGGACAACUCAAACACAUUAUUGGAAGUUAUUCCUCCGGCACUGGAGUCAUCCACGCCUAUCCCCACCCACAGCCCCCCAACCACUCCUCACCAUCCACCCCGCUCUCCAUCACCCUCCUCCGGCUUUGAGGAUUCAGGCAGUGGGGAGCCCAGUGGGGAUGACGACACGGAGGGUAGCACAGUGGAGGCAAGCGGAGACGAACCAAUCGGUCCCACUGUAGCAGCCACCACUCUCCCUACAGGUGAAGCACGUUCCUCCUGCGAUAACACACCUUUCGGUUGCUGCCCUGAUGGCAAGACCACAGCUCUCAACUCAGAUGGAACUAACUGCCCAUCCACCAUGCGCUUCAACGGCUUCCUGCACCUGGACCAGGUAGACGGUCAGGAGGUCUUUUACACACCAGAGUUGGAUGACCCCAAGUCAGAGCUGUUCGGUGAGACGGCUCGCAGCAUCGAGAACGCUCUUAACGAAUUAUUCCACAAGUCUGACGUACGGAAGGAUUUCCAGAGUGUCCGAGUGAAAACUCUGGCUCCAAGCAACUCCAUCAUGGCUAUAGUAGAGGCUCACUUUGACCCAGACACUGGAUUUACAGUAGAUGACGUCAGGGACGCAUUGCUGAAACAGCUUAAGACAGCUAAAGAUCCUGGAAUUGUAGUGAAACAUCCUGCAGAGAAUUAUCUUCGUUUCACUAAACAGGGUCUCUCUGUCGUUUCCUACUUCACCACCACAGCUACCACUCUUGCUACCGCCACACCCACUAUCGCUACCACUACCAGAAGCAUCAUGCCCCCGACCACCGCCUCCAUCACAACACGCCAGCCGGCCACCACCAAACGGCUCUACACCACUCGGAGAACCACCACAGCCGCCCUGGUCACCACCAUUAUUACCGCCACCACCCCAGAGCCUACCACCACCACCUCCACCAGCACCACCACCAUUCUGUCCUUCCAGACUCGACCCGUCGUCCAGGAAGCCAAACCCCCAGGCCCGUGCGACUCUCAACCCUGCGGCCACGGGGGCACCUGCGAGGAGGACGGUGACGAUUUCACCUGUACCUGUCCUGCGGGAAGAGGCGGAUCUGUGUGUGAGAAAGUGAUAAAGUAUUACAUCCCAUCCUUUGGCGGUAAAUCGUACCUGGCCUUCCAGACCAUGAAAGCCUACCACACCGUGCGUAUUGCCAUGGAGUUCAGAGCCUCCGACACGACGGGUAUACUCCUCUACAACGGUCAGAGCGGCAAGAAAGACUUCCUCUCUUUAUCUUUGGUGGAUGGAAAAGUGGAGCUCAGGUUUAACACAGGCUCGGGAACCUGCUCGGUGGUCAGCAGCAUCACAGUGAAACCUGGUCACUGGCAUCACUUAGUGGUAAUCCGUAACAGACGCAAUGCUUCGCUCAGCGUCGAUAACGAGACGCCGGUUGAGGGCCAGAGCCCAGCGGGUACAGACGGGCUCAACCUGGACACUGAUCUUUUCAUCGGUGGGGUGCCUGAAGAGAUGAUCCAAGAUGUGAAAGAAAGGACUUCAGUCUCUACAGGAUUAAUCGGCUGUAUCCGCCUCCUGGAUGUCAACAACAUGGUGUACAACCUUCAGGAGAACGGGGGCAACGUUCUGUACGGCACCGCCGUCGGCGAGUGCGGUAACAACCCCUGCCUGCCCGACCCCUGCAAAAACGGUGGCUUCUGUCAGGUCAAAGGGGCCGAGAUGUUCCACUGCAAGUGCGUUAACGGCUUCUCAGGACCGACUUGCGCCGAUUCGCACGACCCGUGCGAGCCGAACCCGUGCCACCCUUCCUCCCAGUGCCACGUGCUUCCAGAGGGAGGUUACAAAUGCGAGUGCCCCAUGGGCCGUGAGGGAAAGCACUGCAGGAAACUUUCCGACAAGAAAGGAGCCUACAUUCCCUCCUUCAGUGGUGACUCCUACCUGGAGCUGAAGGGCCUCCAUUUAUACGGUCACGAUCUGAGGCAAAAGGUCAGCAUGACUGUGGUCCUGCUGGCUAAUGACUCAAACGGCGUGAUCUUCUACAACGGCCAGAGGACAGAUGGCAAAGGCGAUUUCAUCUCUCUCGCGUUGAAUGAUGGCAUCCUCGAGUUUCGAUACGAUCUUGGCAAAGGCCCAGCUGUCAUUAGGAGUAAACAAAAGCUCAAGCUGAACGUGUGGAACACUGUAAACCUGGAGCGAGCAAACCGUAAGGGCGAAAUCACCAUCAACGGCAAAGACCCGGUCAGAGGCGAGUCUCCGAACCAGCACACAGACCUUAACCUGAAGGAAUCGCUUUAUGUGGGCGGAGUACCAGAUUUCCAUAAGGUGCCCAGAGUGGCGGGAAUUAAAGACGGAUUUAAAGGAGCCAUCCAAAAGAUUACUUUGAUGGGCACGCCGAUCCUAAAGGCCGAUAACGCCCUUCACUCCAGGGACGUCUCCAUGUACCCACAUCACCCUUGUUCUACAGAUGUGUGCGAGAACGGCGGCGAGUGCAACCCGAUGCUCGAGAGCUUCGAGUGUGUGUGUCCAUUCGGCUUCACGGGACCUCACUGCCAGCACGCUACCUACGAAAAAGCAGCCGGGGAGUCCGAAGCCAUUGCUUUUGACGGCAGGACAUUCAUCGAAUAUCACAACGGAGUCACCAAGAGCCAACUGACCAAUGAGAUCCCUGACCCUGAGUCUCUGGAGACCCCGUCAGAUCAGAGCGAGAAAGCCUUGCUGGUGAACAAGUUUGAGCUGAGCAUCAGAACUGAGGCCACUCACGGCCUCCUCCUGUGGAGCGGGAAGGGCGUGGAGCGCUCUGACUACAUCGCGCUGGCCAUCGUGGACGGACGUGUCCAGAUGACCUACGACCUCGGCUCUAAACCGGUAGUUUUGCGAUCAUCGGUGCGGGUCAACACCAAUCACUGGAUCCGCAUUAAAGCCAGCAGAGCACUGAGGGACGGAUCUCUGCAAGUUGGCAAUGAGGCAGCAGUGACAGGCUCCUCACCUCUGGCUGCCACUCAGCUGGAUACAGAUGGUGCUCUUUGGCUGGGUGGUCUGGAGGAUAUGACUGUGGCCCGCCGCCUUCCCAAGGCCUACAGUACAGGCUUUGUGGGUUGCGUGAAAGACGUGAUAGUCGACGGCGUGGAUUUGCAUCUAGUUGAGGACGCCUUAAACAGCCCGAAAAUCUUACACUGUUCAGCCAAAUAGCCUGGCACUAACUCCCUCCCAGCACCAUGUCUACUGCUGUAAUUAUUUUCUAUUUUUGUAUACUUUUCAUUGCUUUUUAUAUUGGAAAAAAAAAUGUCAUGUUUUAAUUUUGGUUUGUUUCCAUAUAUAUGGUUCAUUUGAAUCUGCACCUCCGUUCAUCUACAGGUUUUUUUUUUUUGUUUUCCCCCAAAUUGCAGUUACAUGGUGUCACAAGACUAAGAAAAAUAUGUAUUAUAUUUGUGGUGGUGUUUGUAGAACACCAAAAAAAAAAAAAAUAAUCAUUCUUUUGCUCAUUACUUGAAACAGUGAAUGAGGUACAUUAGGUGCUGUUUGUCCUCUCUCGACUGCCUUCUCUGGGUGCCAUAAUUUCCUAAGUUGUACACCAUGUACAUUCCACUGAGUCGCUGCUGCAGGUAAUCGCUUCGAGCAGCGCGCUUCGUAAAUCAAAGCAUGUACGACUUUUGGCUUUAUAAACAACGGACUGUCACUGUUAUCUGAGCUGAACAAGUGUACAGGUCCCAUUGGGGAUCUGUAACAGGGGUCCAGCCCCAUUGUGUACAGGUUCCAUUGGGGACCUGUAACAGGGGUCCAGCCCCAUUGCUCUUAAUAUUUUAAGCUCCUUUCUAGCAUAGAGCUUUAGAGCUUGUCAAUCAACGAAAAAAAAAAAAAGAAUGCAUAGAUCUUUGAUCAGAAAUAUCAAGCUGAGCUCUCAGCCACAGACAAGCGUCAUGUUAUUAAUAGACAGAACAAAUAAUACAUGAGACUGUGAACAAUGAGAACAUGUCUUUUCCGUCACAAGCAUCCGUCUCAUGCGUUGCGUGCCGUAUCUAAUACUAAAGAAUGAUCACUUGCUGCAUGCGACCUUUUAAACGCCCAAUUCAUUUUGCCUUGGUUUCUCUUGCGCUUUCUUAUUCCUUUCAGGGCAAAAAUUGAGUUUGUCCGGUCGCGUUAAAAUGUGUAUGUUACUUCUGAUUUGAGGUGUUUUUUAUCUCUUCACAUUUCGUUUGUCUUUUGUUUGGAUUUGGGUGAGUGAAAUGAUGGACUUCGUUUUGUAUGUGUCAGUCUGAUGUGCUCUAAAAAGCAAGAAAUGGUUGCUACACUAGUCUCUGCCAUAAGGAGGCACCGUAGCACAAGGAGACGGAAUGGGAGCGGCAGGAAACGACGGCAGGGCGGCUGCAAGAACAAUGAUAUGUCCUUGGAAUUUUCAGUCAUUCCUGAACUCCUCUGAAAGCCGCUUUAAACAAUCCCGUCAGCACUCGCAUCGGAAAAAGGGACGUCUAGACGGUCAACCCUGAUGUCUAGACUCUUGCGUGUGGUCCUGGAACAGUUGUUAGAUUAAGCAAAAGUAUCAAAAAACAAUAACUCAUAAUAAUAAUAAUAAUAAUAAUAAUAAUAAUGCAUGGGGUUUGUUAUAUAAAAAUGAUUUUUGUAACAUGCUUAAAGACAAAUGUGAUGCGAUUCUUUGUACUGCUGACCUGAACAUUUUAGUUUCAAUACAAGUCCAAAACUAAAAAAAAAAAAUAUAUAUAUAUAUAUAUGCCUGUUCAUAGUAAAGUAUCAUGUUAUUUUGUGGAGAGAAAAAUAUAUUCCCUUGAUUUCUUGUUAUAUUUUCUUUUCUUUUUUUUUUUUAAAGCAGUGAGACAACCGAAAUUGUUUUAUAUAACCCUUAUCACUAUGUAAAUGAAUAAUGUGGAUCUGUGGAUUUUUUUUUUUUUUUAGUAUUAUACACUGGAAGCAAUCCUAACUUGUCUGUUCAUUUCACAUUUUCUGUUCCUGUGUGUUUGGGAGAAAAAAAAAUCAUAUAUUGGUAUAUAUAUUGAUUUACAGUGAGUUUGACUUUUUUUUUUUGUUUGUUUGUGUUACAAACUGAAACCCAACAGCCCAGUAUUUCUGCAUUAGCUGAACAUCUAUCCUCUGUUAAAUAGUGUCCAUACUGGUUUAUCAUUAUCGUUUCCUCUUCAUGGAUACUUCUUUUUUUUGUUGUUGUUGAUGUUAUUGAAACAUUGUUCAAUGGCUGUGUAACAAUAGGGACCUCCUGCAUGCUUGGAGGGCACUGAAAGGACAGAGUGCUGAGCUCAUGAAGAUGGAGCGCACGCAUGAACAUCCACCGUCUGGAUGGGAACUGUCUGAGAAAUGCCUUAAACCCAUCUUCGCUCACCGGUGACAGAGUCGACGUCUUUAAUAAUCUACUCCAUGCUCUCUUUUUAGCCACUGUAUUAGCCACAUCGCCACAUCAUGUAAAUCAAUUCAUAGAUAUUAAUAUUUGUAUUAAUACUGUUUAUGAGAAUAUCCCAGAAUGCCUCAAAAAUAGAUGUUCUGGACUCUACAGAUAGAAUAUUUACUGUAUAAAUUCUAUUUUCAAUAUCUAUUUAUGUCUUUGAGUGGAUUCCAUUACUGGCCUUUGUAAACUACUGUUUUGAUUAAAAUAGACCUGAAGGGCAGUGCUCAGAAUGAGAGUGGCAUGACAUUCCCAUUACUAACUUUAUUACUUGUGUCUUGUGUUCCCACCACCAUGAAAUAAAGUGUAAAACAAA